CUUGAACGCGCCAUCAACAACACAGCAACGCAGCCUGUGUAGCUGCUUCGUGUGUCCACAACUCCUUGAAUCAGUCACGAUGGUCGGGCCCGUAACAAAAACGCCGGCGAAGCGCGCCCUCACUGAAGCCUCGAACAACCGCGUCAAUGCAUCGCCCCGCUCCGCGAAGAAGCUCAAACUCGAGAAUGGCGGCACAACAAGAGGGCCGCCGAUCAAGAAGGUCAAUGGGUCGUUCAACUCGAGCCAGCCGGGGCCAAGCCAGUUCGAGAGCACGCUGGAGCAGAUGACGCAGGAUAUCGAAGCCCUGAAGACGAAGAACACAGAGAGGGACCAGCAAUGGCAGCGACCAGCGUUGCCCACGGGCUUCAGCGAGAUGACUUCGAAAGUCGUCUUCCAGCAGAUUGAAGCCGAGGAGAGCGUGUUGAAUGGAGGAAAGCCUGCUGUCAAGCUGUUCGGCGUUACAGAGAACGGCCACUCAGUACUCCUACACGUCACUGGAUUCCUUCACUACUUCUACGUCGCCGCGCCACUCAACUUCAACAAGGAAGACUGCAAGCCAUAUCAGAUCUUCCUCGAGAGCGAAUGCCAGAAACAGUUCAACCAGCACUCAGCGGUCAUUGCCUCGGUGCAGAUGUGCAUGCGAGAGAAUAUUCUCCGCUUCCAGGGCAACCAGAAGAGCCCAUACCUCAAAAUCACGGUCAACGACCCGAAAAUGAUCAACCGCGUACGGACGAUGGUACAAAGGGGCAACGCCAACUACAAGAGGCUCUGGCCUGCUCGCGAGGACGGCAUUCUGACCUUCGACAACAUUGCAUAUGUUUUGAGGUUCAUGAUCGACACAAAGAUUGCGGGCAUGUCAUGGGUGGAAGCGCCUGCCGGCAAGUACAAGCUCUUGCAUCCGCGAGACCAGCAUUCCAACUGCCAGAUUGAGGCGCAAAUACACUACUCAGACCUCAUCGCUCAUCAAUCGGAAGGCGAGUGGGCAAAAUCGGCGCCUCUCCGCAUCCUCUCCUUCGACAUCGAAUGCGCUGGUCGCAAAGGUGUCUUUCCAGAGGCGAACGUCGACCCUGUCAUUCAGAUUGCCAACGUUGUCACCAGAAAUGGCGAGGAUAAGCCAUUCGUGAGGAACGUCUUCUGUCUGGACACCGUCAGCCCCAUUGUGGCAACACAGAUCUUCUCCUUCGCUGAUGAGGGUGACAUGCUGAUGAAGUGGCGCGAUUUUGUUGAGGAGGUUGACCCAGACGUCAUCAUCGGAUACAACAUUGCCAACUUCGAUUUCCCAUAUUUACUGGAUCGUGCCAAACAUCUCAAGCUCGCGAAGUUCCCCUACUGGACCCGACUCAAGACAGUGCAGUCGAAGGUGGAAUCUUCGAACUUCUCGAGCAAGCAGUUGGGCAGUCGUGACACGAAAACGACCAACACCAACGGUCGGAUUCAGCUUGAUCUACUACAACUCAUUCAACGAGACCACCAACUGCGAAGUUACACACUCAACUCUGUGUGUGCGCAUUUCCUGAAAGAGCAGAAAGAGGAUGUGCACCACAGCAUGAUCACAGAACUGUUCAAUGGCGAUUCGAACUCUCGGCGGCGACUGGCGGUGUAUUGCUUGAAGGACGCGUAUCUUCCACAACGACUUCUGGACAAGCUCAUGUGUUUGGUCAACUAUACCGAGAUGGCCAGGGUCACGGGUGUACCGUUCAACUAUCUCUUGGCUCGAGGACAGCAGGUCAGGUUCAUCAGCCAGUUGUUCCGAAAAGCUCUGGACCACCAGCUUAUCUGCCCCGACCUGCCAAACCAAGGCAGCAGCGAAGAUCAGUACGAAGGUGCGACCGUCAUCGAGCCAAAGCGAGGAUACUACAAGCAGCCCGUUGCUACUCUCGAUUUUGCCUCGCUGUACCCGAGUAUCAUGCAAGCCCACAACCUCUGCUACACGACCUGGCUCGACAAAUCAACAGUAGAGAAACUGAAGAUGAAGAAGGACGAGGACUACAUCGUGACACCAAAUGGCGACAUGUUCUGCACGGUCAAGACACGCAAAGGGUUACUAUCGCAGAUUCUCGAAGAAUUGCUGUCUGCCCGUAAAAAAGCGAAGAGAGAAUUGGCUGUCGAGCCGGAUGCUUUCAAGAGAGCUGUGCUCAACGGUCGUCAAUUGGCUUUGAAGGUCAGCGCCAACUCUGUCUACGGUCUCACGGGUGCCACCAACGGCAAGUUGCCCUGUCUGGCAAUCGCCAGUAGUACGACCAGUUUCGGUCGUCAAAUGAUCGAAAAGACGAAGGCGGAGGUUGAAGCCAAAUAUACGAUCGCGAACGGUUACAGCCACGAUGCAGAGGUCAUUUACGGUGACACUGAUUCUGUCAUGGUCAAGUUCGGCACGUCCGAGUUGGCGGAGUCCAUGAAGCUGGGGCAGGAGGCAGCUGAUUAUGUGUCUUCGAAGUUCGUCAAACCGAUCAAGCUCGAGUUCGAGAAGGUAUACUUCCCCUACCUUUUGAUCAACAAGAAGCGUUAUGCUGGUCUGUACUGGACGAAUCCAGACAAGUGGGACAAGAUGGACACCAAAGGCAUUGAGACUGUCCGUCGUGACAACUGCCGUCUUGUGCAGACGGUCAUCGAAACGUCACUGCGUAUGCUGUUGAUCGACCAAGAUCCCGAGGGCGCCCAAGAAUUCGUCAAAGACACCAUCUCGGACCUCUUGCAGAACAAAGUCGACAUGUCCAACCUCGUGAUCACGAAAGCCCUCACCAAACAAGAAGACAAGGAAGGCAAGGGCGGUUACGCGAACAAGCAAGCCCACGUCGAGCUGGCCGAACGGAUGAAGAAGCGCGAUGCUGGUUCCGCACCCGCACUCGGUGACCGUGUUGCAUAUGUCAUGGUCAAGGCCGCCAGCGGUUCAAAGAACUACGAGAAGUCUGAAGAUCCCAUCUGGGUGCUGGAGAACAACCUGCCCAUCGACACGCGAUACUACCUCGACAAUCAGCUCGCGAAACCGCUGGGCAGAAUCUUCGAGCCCAUUCUCGGUGAGAAGAGGGCCAAUUCGCUCCUGACGGGUGAACACACCAGAGCCAUCUCCGUUGCAGUACCGACUGUGGGCGGACUGAUGAAAUUUGCGAAGAAGACCCAGACGUGCAUGGGAUGCAAGAAGCCUCUCACAGCCGCGCACGAGAAGGAGGGCGCAGUGUGCGAGAACUGCCGUCCGCGCAUUGGCGAGCUGUACCAGAAACAACUCAGCAAGGUCAGCGAGCUGGAAGUCCGCUUCUCGCGACUCUGGACGCAGUGCCAGCGGUGUCAAGGUAGCAUUCACUGCGAAGUCAUUUGCGCGAGUAGAGAUUGCCCCAUCUUUUACAUGCGCAUGAAGGCUAGGAAGGAUGUCGAGGACGCAGGCAAGGAGAUGGUGCGUUUCGACAAGGACGCUGCGCUCUGGUAGUGCUGGUGGGAUGAGGAGUAGACGGCGUUAUGUUGCAUGGAUACCACAAUUGUGCUCGAUUAGGAUACAGUCGUUGUAAUGUACAGAAUUAUGCAGUAUACUUUCACAAGAUAUUGAAUCGGGUCGUACGCAUAUUGCCGUUCCGAUGAAUCAAAGUGCAAAAACGGCAGCAGCAGCAAGUAGAGCUUGGAGUAUGGUCGCUCC